AUGUCUAAGAUUUACUUCCUGUCAAGGGAAAGGCUUCUGGAUGCGUCCAGACACUCCGGUACUUACUUCGUCGUCCACUCGGCCAUUGCGUGGGAUCAUCGCGAGGUCGCACUCUCCGCGCAACCAGACAUGCCUCUCACGGCCUCUGCAUUCCCUAUCCUCUCUCCUCUCCACCCUGGUCCUCGACCGCCCCAUAAUAAGAUGCACUCAUCGUGGGUGAGAGAGGGUCAAGAGGUGUGGUAUUGGCGCCCGCCCACCCUCUGA